AUGCAGCAUGUUGAACACAUGAGGACAGCUGUCCGUCUAGCUAGAUACGCUCUUGAUCACGAUGAGACGCCGGUAGCUUGCAUCUUUGUACAUACGCCAAGUGGCCAGUUGAUGGCCUACGGCAUGAACGAUACGAACAAGUCAUUGACUGGAAUAGCACAUGCCGAGUUCAUGGGGAUCGACCAGAUCAAGGCCAUGUUAGGGUCACGCGGAGUUGUUGACGUGUUCAAAGACACCACUUUGUAUGUGACUGUAGAACCGUGUAUAAUGUGUGCGUCUGCUCUUAAGCAGUUAGGUAUUGGAAAAGUGGUGUUUGGUUGUGGUAACGAGAGAUUCGGCGGCAAUGGUACUGUCUUGUCAGUAAAUCAUGAUACGUGUACCUUAGCGCCCAAAAAUAACACUGCGACAGGUUACGAGAGUGUACCAGGAGUUUUGAGGAGAGAAGCAAUAAUGUUAUUGAGGUAUUUUUAUGUACGACAAAAUGAAAAGGCGCCCAAGCCACGAUCUAAGAGUGAUAGGGUGUUGGAUAGAAACACGUUCCCGCCUAUGGAGUGGUCAAAAUAUCUUGAUGAAAAAUCAUUCAUUGAGAAUUUUGGCGAGGAUUACAAGAAGUUUUACGUGAACAAUGCAGAUUUGUUUAGUAACAGCGUGGAUUGGAACCUAAUUGAAUCCGGACACGAUAAUAUAAUUCAAGAACUGGAUGAGCAGUGCAAAUUAUUCAAGUUCAAUGUGCACAAGAAAUGCAAAGUUUAA